CAUUCAUGCGGUGGUUCCGAGUUCAUCCUUCGUCGUCAGCCCUCAUCAGCUGUGCCGGUCCCGAAGGGGAAGCUGAGCUUUCGCAGCACGGUUCGUGUCACGGUCACGGCUACCGUUGAUCAUGCGUCGGCUCGGUAGCGGCGGUAUCCUGCUGCUUGGCUGGCGUUGGCGAUGAUGCCUCCAACUGACGGUUCGUCUUCACCAGUUUCUGCUGCUGGCCACACUUGCCUCUUGGAAACGAUUUUUGGCGGCAGUUCUCACGGUGAUGGGGUUGCGAUAACACGCGUUUUCCGGCGUGAUUUCUCGAGGACCUGUGCAAACAGCUUUAGUGUGUUCACAUCAGUGCUGAAGUAACAGACCUUGCUGGAGCUCUCCUGCAGUACAGUGGACUCCUCCUCCUCGGUGUGGAGGGUUGACUUCUGAAGAAGGUGAAGAAGCAGGUGGCGACCACUGCUUAUUGGGAAAACGGAUAUAGUGUGACCCUCCGACAGGGGAUUUUCAUUUGCGGAAAGCUUUUUUGAAGUGUGUGAUAUCUCACUGUGCAAUUCAGUGUUGGGGGCGUCCGUUUUGUGUUUGACGACGGUGGCCAGACCGAGUGAUGGCCAUUAAGGCGAAUGAGUGAUGAUUUGUUUUGCCACUGCCUCUGAGGGCCGCUCUGUUCAGGCCUGUACGCUUGGGGCUACAAAAUAGCGAAAAAAAAAACGGAAAGCAAAAAUAUCGACUCACCCAGCAGAAAAGGAUACUGGUCGGUUCGCAGCCGGAGCCGACGACGAGGAUGAUGAUGACCUACACAGGUCGUUUUUCUGAAGCCGUUUUGAAUACCUUUUUGUGUAACGAUUUGUGCUAAUCCUUUCAGUCAGAGUCUCUUUCAGAGCGCAUACACACGUGACGUGAAGGCCGACGUGUCGGUUGGAUGAAGUGAGAUGCAAUAUUCAGUGAUGAGAGAUGACCCAAAAGGGAUUGCAAUUUGAAUGCGUCGUCGUCGUCUGGCUUUUGGGGAAUAGGCAAAGGCGGGAAAGGUGCGCUUUUGUCCCGUUCAGUGAAUGUGUUUGCAGUUUUUUUUUUUUUGGAUCUCGUGUGAAGAGCUCCGAAAUGGGUAAAGUGGAUUCAGGCAGAGAUUAGUGCCGGAGUAACAGAUUGCACUGGAAGUGUGUUUGUGUGUGCAGGAGUAGCUUGUGCCCCGUUGGGAAAGCCCGUGAUCAGGAGUAAGUGAAAAUGUGCGCGCGACAGUUUGGUGGACAAACUUUUUGUGAAACUUUCGGUUCCAGUGGGGAAGCUUGGAUGCUUUGAAGAUUGAAACAGUUGGCUGGGCACUUGCCGUUAACUUUGUUUGAAGUGGAGUUUUGGGAAAUGGUGUACAGUUAAAUUAAGUGUUGUUAUGAGUGUACUCAACUGUUAAUGCAAUAUUAGGAAUAAUUGUAGACGUCGAGGAAUUUGUAAUUAACUAAGUUCCCGUGUUUCCGUGCUACUUUAAUGGAUUAUUGAGACCCACCUGAGGACCUUAUUUAUCAUACAGGUUCAACUGCUGCGCUAGGGACCGACCGGACCAAAACCACCGCGGAGGCCACCGCACCGGCGAACGGAUAUCUAACAGCAGCAGUAGCAGCAGAUUUUCCGGUGGAGAGCGACGACCACCAUUCGGAGCCAUCAUCAGAAUGCAAAAGAAUAUCCCGCUCAAAAUUGGAGCAGAAAAAAUGCUGCGCUAUCACCAACCGAGAAUUAUUAUUAUAAUAGUGAUUUAUUCGAUCGCCAAAUGGCUCGUGAAAUUCGUGCAGUAGACAACGGGCCAACGGAUCCUCCAUCCGAAGCGGGGGACAUCACAGCUAGCAGGAACAGCAGCAACAGCAGUAGUGUUGGAGCAUUUUGCCCCUAAUGGCGAAACUAAUUAAACGUAAUUGCUGCGAGAUGAACACGGGUGAUGGAGCGGGAACGAUGAUUUCGUGAAUAUAAUUUAAGUUCGACUCCUGGUGAUAGGAAAAACAGCUUCCGAAAGUCGAACCCGAGCAAUGGUCGCAACAGCAGCAGCAACAACAGAGCAAUAACCGUGGGUGGCGGCGGCACAAAUCACUAAUUCCAGCUCAAGCCUAGAGCAACCAAUAAUGAAUAAUGCAACUGAUUUCUACUGGGAACUGUCGCAACUGAUAAGGCUUAGCAAUCUCAGCUACUACAAUGUGUCAAAUGGUGGCGAAACUUCGGUGACACUGGAUGCGGUCAACUGCUGUACCACUGAGCCGAACUUUUCAGAGUACCUGGAUGCCCUGCCGAACGACAGGGCCGGAUUGUUAGCUUUUCUGUUUCUGUUUUCCUUCGCAACAGUCUUCGGUAACUCGCUGGUCAUUCUGGCUGUUAUCCGGGAACGGUACCUCCACACGGCAACCAACUACUUCGUGACCAGCCUGGCCGUGGCGGACUGCCUCGUAGGACUGGUCGUGAUGCCGUUCUCCGCGCUAUACGAGGUACUGCAGAACACGUGGUUCUUCGGCGAAGAUUGGUGCGAUAUAUGGCGCUCGUUAGAUGUAUUGUUUAGUACUGCUUCCAUACUGAACCUAUGUGUGAUAUCUCUUGAUCGGUACUGGGCCAUAACGGAUCCAUUUUCCUACCCGAUGAAGAUGACUCGAAAGAAGGCCGCUGCUCUGAUAGCAGCUGUCUGGAUAUGCUCAAGUGCGAUCAGCUUCCCGGCGAUCGUGUGGUGGCGAGCUGCGCGGGAAGGCGAUAUGCCACCGUAUAAGUGUACAUUUACCGAGCAUCUCGGCUAUUUGGUGUUCUCCUCCACCAUAUCGUUCUAUCUUCCACUGUUGGUAAUGGUGUUCACGUAUUGUAGAAUAUACCGAGCCGCGGCAAUACAAACCCGAUCGCUCAAGCUGGGAACCAAGCAGGUGCUGAUGGCAUCCGGCGAGCUGCAGCUCACGCUUCGGAUACAUCGAGGUGGAACCACCCGAGAGAGGCCCAACCACCAGCAGCAGCAACAGCAACAGCAACAGCUGCAGCAUCAGCAUCAGGACCAUCAGCAGCAGCACACGGCGACUUCGACCCCGGAGGAACCGGACGAGGAACCGCUUUCGGCGCUGCAGAACAAUGGCCUUGGAGGGCGCCACCGGACGCACAUGGGCAAGAACUUUUCCCUGUCGCGCAAACUGGCGAAGUUUGCCAAGGAGAAGAAGGCCGCCAAAACGCUUGGCAUAGUGAUGGGUGUGUUCAUAGUUUGUUGGCUUCCAUUUUUUGUGGUAAACCUGCUGUCGGGGUUUUGUAUGCAGUGUAUAGCGCACGAGGAGAUCGUGUCGGCCGUGGUCACGUGGCUGGGGUGGAUCAACUCCAGUAUGAACCCGGUGAUCUACGCGUGUUGGAGCAGAGAUUUCAGAAGGGCCUUCGUGCGGAUAUUGUGUGUUUGCUGCCCCAGAAAGAUUCGGCGAAAAUAUCAGCCGACAAUGCGCUCGAAAGCAUCUCAGUGCCACAUGGCUGCCAUUGUUGCGGCUUCAUCAUCUGUAAGUAAUCCCCGCCUAAACAGCUCCAUCACAACGAAGCGCAAACCGUCUAACAACUGGUUUAUUUUCACUUCUCUAUUACAGAACAGUAGUUUAUUCGAUAGUACUCACCAUCGUCGGAACACCCGCCAAUCAUUCGGCCAGCACAGCCAUCACAGUCAUCACCAUCAUCAUUACCAUCACCAUCAUUACUGCAACAGUCACUACUACCGCCACCGAUCCGGGCGGACCAUCAACCGGGGCGGAGGAUGCGGCGGGACGCCGGCCCUAGGGCGCGACGAAGGACUUCAUCAGGAAUGUUGCGGCAUCGGCGGCGCUGCCAGUUGCAACAACCAAAACAAUAACACUAACGGUAGUAAUACAAUCAACAAUGGUCAUAACAGCCGGGGCGCCCUGGGCGGUGGCGGCGGCGGCGGAGGUGGCAGUGGAAAGCGUUGUACAUUUGCGGCGACCACGAUCACAAUUCCCAACAGCAGCAUCGGCAUUGGCGUAGGCGGUGGCGAUGCCAGCGGCAGCAGCAGUCGGUUCAGUAGCAGUCGCAAAACCGCCACGAGAUCGCAUCCUCCCACCUCGGUCCUCGUGAGUCACGGUGCUGGAACGCACCGAGAAUCGAUGCAAUUUGAUGACAAUCCACACAUUACUGUGCACAGCCAAAGCUCCAACAGCAGUACCUCGACGCUGAGGGUUCUCGAGUGAAUUGGCGAGUAGUUUGUAUGUAGGAUAAGCCGAGGGAAGGGGGCGUUGUGAAAAUAUUUUUACUGGGAGUGAUUGAUCGAGAAGUAAAGAGAGUUUUUGAAAAAUUGAUGCACCAAUGGGAGCAAGAGAGUGAUUCGUUCUUGGAAUUACUAUGAGCGUAAGAGAUAGCUCUCAAAUGUUGCCAAUUAUAGUUGAUUUGAUUACUUGAUAGAUAAUUGAAAUCCAUCUCGACAAAUUUAUGUUGAUAAUUCCUUGACUACCUAAAUCCUGAACGCACUUCAAUCUAAAGCUAAACACAAAUUCUGCAAAACUGAAACUAACAUCUGAAAGUAGGCAAAUUUCUGAAAAUGUAUAAAACGAUAGUAAUACAUUUUCGGUUGUAUAAUGACACUUCAAUAUUCACUAAAUAUCAUUUUGUCAAUACAGGUAUUCGAAUCGAACCCCUAUAUAAUCGUUUUCAUUAUAAAUGGAUGAAUUCUGUAAAAUCAGAUAUAUCUGUGGUAAAAUGUUUACAUUUAUGAUUAUGAAUUGUAUUUUUGAUGUUGGCGAUUUCGGCACUGAAGCUACAAUCGGUACAAAGUAAACAAAGCGUAUACCUUAGAUGGAUUAGGACUACCUCUGUUGUCUAUGAACUUCGUGCAAUACUCGGACCAAUUAAAAUAUUUGAAGAAACUGCCGGUUCAAAGCCUUCAGUCUGCUACACCAGGAACACUUAUUGGAAUUGCCAAUGCGCUUCUCCUCUCAAUACUAAAACUACGAAGAGUGUAUGGUGGCUCCGGAGAGGAACAUCAGCUGCAACUGCACACGGACAUCUACGGAUGAUCUCCACUAUUGCGUUCGAGGGUUCUUCUCAUUGGAAGGACUUGAUAUAGCGCCGGCAUCGAACCAAAUAGGUUUAGAAGAGCACCGAGCCAGAAGCAUUUUGCAAGAAGCCACUACUCGGAGAUAUGGGCCGUUUCUUCAACUACAGCAUCAUCAACGUGCACUACCCGGAUUAGUCAUUAAUGUGUCGAAGACAAAGUACAUGAUGGCGAUGUGCUUUAGGGAUGAUUUAACCGACAGCUACCCCUAAUCUCUAUCGACGGUGAUGAUAUCGUGGCGGUUGAGGAAUUCGUGUACUUGGGUUUCUGGUGACCGCCGACAACGACAUCAGCGGAGAAAUUCAGAGACGCAUUGUGACAGGAAAUCGAGCUAACCGGAACGCGGGACAAAACGUUCCGGGCUCAAAUAGAUACCACACUACCUUUGAACGCUAAAGCUACCGACACUAUCAUCGCCGUCAUCAUCAUCACCAUCCAGUUAGGAGCAAGUGUUUAAGGUUGAAGGAUUCGUCAUUGACAUAAUGAUCAUAAUUGAAAAUUCGAAAGCAGUUUUCUCGCUCAAAACUUAAAUGUUUGCAUUGAAAAUGUAUUCACUGCAUUCUAUUCUCCACCCGCAAUACAGUGAAUAUUUUUUUUUAUCUGUAUUAACGAGAUUUUUAGCCCUAGGCUAGUUCAUCUCGGGACCCACGCUUUACUUCCCUUCCGAAGGAAGAGCUCACAUUUUGUGAGUUUGUCGGGAGCGGGAUUCGAUCCCAGGUCCUCGGCGUGAUAGUCAAGUGUUCUAACCAUCCAACCAGGUCCACUCCACACAGUGAAUAUUUUUUCAUUGCAAAAGUAUCAGUUUUGAGCGAAAAAACUGCUUUUGAAUUUUCAAUGAUGACGAUCAUGUCAAUGACGAAUCCUUCAACCUUAAAUAUGUAGUAGCAAUUUUCAACUAUUUUGAGUGGGUGAAGGGAGUAGGUACAUACAGUACAAAAACUGUUGUUGUUCAGAGACGCAUUGUGACAGGAAAUCGAGCUUACUUUGGACUCUACAGGACUCUGCGAUCGAACAAAGUUCGCCGACAGACGAACUUCAUUAUCUUCAAAACGCUGAUUAAAGCGGUAGUCCUCUAUUGGCAUGAAGCGUGGACUAUACGUGCAGAGGACAAGCAGAGGACAAACACGCCCUUGAAGUAUUCAAACGGAAGGAGUUGCGUACCAUCUACGGCGGAAUUCAGAUAUAAGACGGGACUUAGAGAAGGCGAAUGAACCACGAGCUGCAUCAGCUGCUGCGAGAACCAACAAUCGUCCACGCCACGAAAAACGAGAGGCUACGAUGGCCGGGCUACGUCAUCAGGAUGUUGGAUAGCAAACCGAUAAAAAAUAGUUCUCGAGAGCAAUCCGACCGAUACAAGAAGACGUGGUGCGCAGUGGGUCGAUAAAGUGGAGGACAUUUUGCAGACCUUUCGCAGACUGCGGGACUGGAGACGCAGAGCCGUGGACCGAGACGAAUGGAUACGGCUCCUACGUACAGCUGCGGACACCCAGGCCUUAGGCUGACCGGUAAGGGGAGAUCACUACUCGGACGAAUCGACUGAAGAAAGGGUACAACCAUGAAGUUUCGAAAAUUGAGUUUGACACCUUUGAUUGAACAUCGUGACGAAUCUCAUCGCAUGAAUAUCAGAGAGAAUUUCCAAGGGCAUCAGAAGCAACAACUAAAAUACAUUACAUCGAUGACUAUCUCGACAACGUCGACUCCGUUGAAGAAGUGAUGUAACUAGCCAAAGAUGUAGCAGUGGUUUAUGAAAGGCGGAUUUUUCAUUCGCAGCUGAUCUUCCAACAAUAUGGAAAUCAUCUAACAGAUUAGAGGAACGCAUCCGAGGGUGAUGAAACAAUUUUCUGUGGCCAAGGAAAGUACAUUUCAAAAACUUUUGGGAAUGACCUGCAUAAUCGAAGGACUGCUUCCGGGAUGAUAUGCAACAACUGUUGGACGACAACAUCCUUUCUAGCAAAUGCCAAUUGCUUAGCCUCGUUGUGAGUCUCAACGAUCGACUUUCUGCUUUCAUCAUACAGGGCAAGAUCCUUGUUCUACAAUCUCUACCGAUGGCACCAAUGGCAGAAUGCCCUACAGAAGAUGAGCAAAAAUCCUAAGAGUCGCUGGUAUCUAGGACCCACAUUUCUUUACGAACGAGAUGGUGGCUUGAUGGAGGAACACGUGGACGCUUCUAACGAAGAGCUAAGACCAUCAUUUGUCUGCCCUACUGCGUCGUUAAUCGAACGAUACAAUUGAAGCAGUUUUUUUUUUUAAUUUGUGUGCCUAGCGUUCGUUCUACGAUACGUCGAGAACCUACCUCAUGGUGGGCCUCGAAAAUUUGGUAGGGAAUUGAGUAGACAAGAAUUGCAUGACGCGGAGAAAUGGGUACGGAUUCACAUACAAUCGAGAAGUUUUACCGAUUAAGUGGCCGCGAUGAAGUACAAUAAACAACAAGAAACAAAGAAGAAAGCGCCGGAGAACUCCAGCAAGAUACCAAACUACCACCGAUUGUCGGUUAUCAAGAGUUCAUCGGGUUGAUGGUAGACGCAAAAUUUUUAAUUAUAAUGCCUUGGGAACAUCACGUUACAGAGCUCCUUCUAAAGUGUUAUGUCGAUAUCUUUCGUCAUGCCAACGACUAGACUUGCUGAGCAAAAUCCGCCAAAAGCUCUUUACAUUGUGAGGUUACGAACAUUAGAGCGAUACACAUCGAGGUUGCAUGAAGUUUAACUGCUGAUACCUGUAAAAAGGGCUAUUCCCAGUUCGAACAGCCUGUCAAAAGUUCUGUAUGUGACGCAGAAUCUGUACGAAAGAGUUGGAGCUCUGUACAGAAAACUUUAGACAUAAAUUGACACAGAUGUGUCACCGACUGUCUUCCGACAAUUACAAGUGUGGUAGUAACUGCCGAUGAAUGGAUCAAAAAUAGACGGAUUAGACGUCAUGUGGUACACACGUAUCUUGAAAAAGACGAAAUAUUGCGCCAAUUGCCUGUUCCCGCACGAAGCAGAAUCCUGAGAAGAGCUGUCGCUAAUCUGGUGAUAUUCAAUAUGCACCAAAGGAUGGUGGCUCCACAGAGGAUAGCCACGGUGGGGUGAAGUAUUAUCAGGUUACACUACACCGCCGGCCUCAAGUCAUUGAAUUAAUUGAUUCAACAGUAUCUGCAAAGACUUGGUAUCUGCCUCCUCCAGGCAUUUAUCCGGUGAAUCUUCCAGGCAUUCUGCCAGAGGUUGAUAAAGAUUUUUUUUCAAAAUACUUCAAGAUGUUUUUUGUAAAUCAUCUUGAAAUUUCUUUCGAAAUAGUACUUGAACAAUUCUCCAAAAAAUCCCUAGAACACUUUUCUUCCGAUAUAAUUAAGAACUGUUCCAGGAAUUCCUCGAGUGGUUUCUCUGGACAAUUCCGUCAGGGAUUUCUUCAAAGACUCUUCCAGGUAUAUUUUAAGAGAUUACCAUGGAUUAAAGCAGAAGGUUAUCUUGAGAAAUAAUACCAAAUAAUUCAUAUUUCUUCCAGAAAUUGCUCAAAUGGUUUCACUAGGAUCCACAUCGUCCCGAAAACCUCCCCUCUCCAGAUUCUUCUCCAAAAAUGUUCCGGAAUAUCCACAAAGGAUUCCCAGGAAUAACUUCACGGAUUUCUUCAGGAAUCCCCCUACAAAUUUUCCAAACAUUAUCCAAGAGCUCCUCCAGAGAUUCCUGUUAGAAUGCCUUCAGACACAUAAACUCCUUCAGGAUUUUCUAAUGAAUUUUCAAGUCUUUCUUCGGCGUUUUUUUUUUUUCAGAAAUUUCACUAGGAAUUUUUCAAGAGAUUUCUUUUAGAGAUCUAUUAUGGGCUGCAUCUCCAACAACUUUUCUAGAAAUUCCUACAUGAAUUUAUCAAAGAAUUGCUUUAAAGAUUAGUAUAGCAAUUCUUCCGUGAAUUUUUUCAGAGAUUUUUUGAAAGUUUGCUCAAGCACUUCUCUAGGAAAUUCUCUAGUGAUUUAUGUAGGAAAUACUGCAGGGAUUUCUCUAAAAAUUUCUUUUAUGGAUUCUUGCGGGUAUUUCUCAAGGAUUUUCUUCCAUUCCCUAGACGACCGCCGAAUAUCUUCCGAUGAUUUUGAGAAUUUGAGAAGGACACAAUGGUGUCAAGACGUUCGCCCGAUCAAUGAAAGAGCGUGGUGGUAACUGCCGAUGAAUGAAUCAGGAAUAGAUGGAUUAAAGGUUGCGUGGUACGCACAUAUCCUGAAAAAGCCGGAAUAGUGCGUCAAGCAGAUGUUUCCACAUCAUUCCGAGUCCUGAGAAGAGCUGCCGCCAAAGUGGGCGACAUGGAUAUUGAACCAGAGGAUGGUGGCUCCACAGAGGAUGACGCUCUCCGUAACCAAGUGCGGCUUGCGGGAGAGGGUAUCAUCCUGGGUUGAAAAGCUAAAAUAAUGACCCAAUCAGCGAAUGUCAUGAAAGGUGGAGACGAUUUGGUUGAUGUCAUUAUGCAAAACUGCUAUCCACGAAAAUUCAAUAUUUCAGCAAGAAGUGUUAUUUGUCAAUUACUUCACAAUUAACGAAUGGUAGUUACACAUACCUUAAUUGUAGAGUAACAGAAAAACAUCUAGUCUUGCUACAACUUUGAACUUUCGAGGAUAACUGUUAUUAUAAGAUUCAUUUAAUUAUUGUUGCUAUAUAAACGUAGAUUCAAAACUUUUCAUUCGUAGCUUUCGUAACUUUUCAUUUGCCGUACGCUACUACUGACGAAUUUGGUUUCUUGGUCAGCAUUGGUUUAAUGGCUUGAACAGUAGCUGUAAAGACUUAAAAUUGGUAUCUGUCUCCUCCAGGUAUUUUUUGGGGAAUGUUCUAAGCAUUCUGCCAGAGGUUGCUUGAGGGGUUUUUUUUCAGAAUUCUUCAAAAUGUUUUAUUUAAUUCGUCUAGAAAAUAUCUGCCAAAAUAGUACAUUAAAGUAUUAAUGUAUUUUUCUGCUAAAAUUCGCUGAAACAUUGAUUGAUUUAUAUCUAUUUGAGAGACUUUCAGCCCUUGGCUGGUUCGUCUCUUACAGUCGCUGAAACACUUUUUCACCGCUUCCUCUCGAAAUUGUUCCAGGAACCCUCGAGAGGUUUCUCCGGAUAAUUCAUUCAGAGAUUUCUUCAAGUACUCAUUAAGGACCUAUUCUAGAGAUCUCCAAGGAUGUCCAGAAUAUGCUGGAUUAAUGCCAAAGGUUAUCUCUCAAUGCUUCCAGGAAUUGCUUAAGGGAUUUCUCUCCUGUUAUUCGUUCCACUCCUGUUAUUCGUUCCGGAGGCCUACCCUCCCAAGAUGCUUCUAAGAAAUUCUCCAGAAAUUCAUCCGGUAUAUCCACAAGGGACUCCCAGCAAUUAUUCCCUGGAUUUUCCCAGGAAUUCCACUUCGAAUUUUCCCAGGCAUAAUAAAGAGCACCCAACGGAUCCCUGUAAGAAUUCCACCAACGAUUUUUUUUUCUCGGGAUUCUUUCAGGAGUCGUAGCGGUCAAGCUGUCAGUUCGUCAAGAGAUUUCUCUUAGAAUUCUACUAGAGGCUGCUCUAUGAAACCUUUCAAAGAUUUCUCCGGUAAUUUCUCCCGAGAUUUUUUUUUUUGAUUUCUUUAGCGAUUCCUCAACAAAUUCUCUAAAGAUUACUGCAGUAAUCUUUACAUAAACUUGCUUGGCUUGCUUUAUGGAUUAAUCUAACAAUUCAUCCAUAUAUUACUCCAGAGAUUUCUCUGGAAUUUUGCCCAGGCACUUCUCUUUCUCGGGAUUUCUUUAGGAAGUAUAGCAGAGAUUUCUCCAAAAAUGUUUUUUGUUUAUUCCUUUUUUUGAAUUUGUCAAGGAUUCCAUUUUUCCAGCAAUUCCUACCAGGAUUAUUCUUGAAAUUUCUCCAGAGAUUUUAACAGGAAUUCCUGUAUAAAUUUCUUCAAACAUUCCUACAGAAACCCCUCCAACGAUUUUUUUUGCAAUUCAUCCAGCGAUUCCCUUUGAAAUUCCUACUGGGGUUCCUCAAAGAAUUUCAACAGAGAUUCCUCCGAAAAUUCCAGCAGCAAUUCCCUUAGGAGUUUUGUUAAAAAAAAAUAACAUUCUAUUCAUUUGUACAGGGAUUUCUCUAGGAAUUCCUCCAUGGAUUCCUCUAUUAGAAGUCCAUUGGGGUCCAUUAGGGGUACCUCUACGAAUUCUUGUGAGAAUUUCCCGAGUAUCCAAGUAUUCAUCCAAGGAUUCCUCUAGGAAUUUAUUAGAGGUUUUAUCUGGAAAUAAAUCCAAAGAGUUAUCUAAGAAUUACUGCAAGGGUUCCUCUUAAAAGAUGCCUCCUGGAUUAAUUUUGUGAACUUAAUCUUAAAAAUAUUUCUUCACAAAAUCCCUCCAAGAAUUGUUCCAGAUUUUCCUCGAGGCAUUCUUGCAAAGAUUCCGCAAAUUACUCUUUCAAGGAUUCCUCAAAUGAUUCAAUCAGGAAUUUCUGUGGGGAUUCCUCCAGGAAUCAAUUUAGGGAUUUCUCCAGGAAUGCCUACACGAAUGUUUCAAGGGAUUCCUCCAGGAAUUCUACAGUGGUUACUUCAAGAGUUCUUCAAGGGAUUCCUUCAGAAAUAUUUCCAGGGAUUUCUCCUGGAAUCUCUCCAGGGAUUCUUCCAGAAAUUGCUCCAAGUAUAACUGUCAGAAUUCCUAAACGAUUUCUUUCAGGUUUUUUUUCCAGGAUUUCCUCCAGAAUUUUAACUAUGUUUUGCGGGGGGUUUCUUCGAAAAUUCCUGCACGGAUUCCUUCAGGGAUAUUCCUCCUGGAAUUUCUUCAGAAAUUCCACCAAGAAUUCCUCCACGAAGUCCUCCGGGAAUUUCUCUAUAAAUGCAUAGAUGAAUUCCUCUAGAAAUUCUUCAAAUGAUUCCUCCAGAGGUUCCUCCAGGAAUUUUUCCAUGGUAUUUCCCAGGAACUUCUCCAUUAAGUCCUCCUAGAAUUACUUUAAUAACUCAUCCAUGGAUUCCUCCAGGGAUUUCUCCUAGAAUUUCUCCAGGGAUAUAUCCAGAAAUUUCUUCAGGAAUUUCUCAAAGAAUUCUUCCAUGGAUUUGUACAUGAAUUCCUCCUAAAAUUCCUCAGGAGAUUCAUGCAGGAAUUCCUGCAGGUAUUUCUAUUGGAAUUUCUGCGGGAAUUCCUCCAGGCAUAUUCCUCCAGGAAUUCCUCCUGGGAUUUAUCCAAAAAAAUCCUUAAGGCAUUUCUUCGUAAAUUCCUCCAGAGGUUUCUCCAGGAAUUCUUCCAGAGCAUUCUUCCACGGAUAGAUAAAGGAUUUUCUUCGAGAAUUCCCCAAACAAUUCUUUCAGGAAUUCCUCUAGGGAUUGCUCCAGGAAUUCCUCCAAGUAUUCCUGUCAGAAUUCCUACACGAAUUCUUCCAGGGGUUUUCCCAGAAAUGUUUCCAUGAAUUUAGCUGGGAAUUUCUUCGAGAAUUCCUGCACGGGUUUCUUCUAGGACAUUCUUCCAGGAAUCUCUCCAGGAACUCCUCCAUGAAAUCCACCUGGAACCCCUCUAUGAAUUCAUCGAGGGAUUCAUCUAGAAAUUCCUCCAGGGAUUUCUCUAGGAAUUUCUCCAAAGAUCUCUCCGGAAAUUUCUUCAAGAAUUCUCCUAGGGAUUACUCCAGGGGUUCGUCCAGGAUUUUUCCAGGAUUUUUACAGAGUUUUCUCCGGGAAGCCCUCCUGGUAUUCUUCUAAGAAGUCAACCAGGAAUUGCUACAGGAAUUCCGCCAGGACACUGUUUGGUGUAAGUAAUUUGUAUAAUCUGUAUGUUAUAUGUUAAUAAGUGACUAAAUGUGAAAUUUGUAGUUUGCCCUGAGGAUGAAUGAAUAAUCAUUCGAAACGUCGGCUUUUAACCUAACCGGUUGUUUUUAAAGAAACCCGAAGACCGAUAUAGCGCCAAAAAAUCCCAUAAAUUAUCAAGACGGUCGAAAAUCAACCAAUAUUUCUCCAAGAAUUUCUCCAGGGAUUUAUAUCGAAAUUUCUCCAAGAAUUCUUCCAAGCAUUUCUGCAGAAAUGCCCCCAUGAAUUUCUCAAGGGAUUUUUUCUGGAAUUUCUCCUAGAAUUCAUACAGGAUUUCCAAGGAAUUUCUCGGGGAAUUUCUCCUAGAAUUCUUCCAGUCAUUUCUUCAGGAAUUCCUUCAAAGAUUUCUCCAAGAAUUCUUCCAGGAGUUUCUCCAAGAUUUCUUCCGGGGGAUUCCUCCACGAAUUCAUAAAGGAUUUUCUUCAGGAAUUCACCAAGAAAUUCUUCCAGGAAUUCCUCCAGGAAUUCCUCUAGAAGUUUGUUCAUUCAUCCAGGGAGUGCUUUAAAAUGUCCAACAGGGGUACCUCCAGGAAUUCCUCUGUCAAUCUCCAAAUCAUCAAAUUCUUUUCACUAUAUCCAGCACAAUUAGUCAGCCUGUGCACAUGUUCGUCAUGUAUAUCAAUUUUAAUUGUCCAUACAAUUCCGUUUUACGAAACGAAAAACUUUUCCCUUUGAAAACUUGCCGAAAACUUUUCCCAUUUUCUCGUUUGCUAUUGUAAAAAAUAUCAGCCAUUAAAAUUACCUAAAUUUUGUGAAUUUUAAUAACAUACCUACUUACUUCUCGAUCACUAAGCAAAAAAAACAAAAUUUCACAGCGCCUUCUAAAACAGAAUGAUACGGGUCCCAAAUAAACUGUAGCUACUAAAAAGUAAAUUAUAGAGACGGUGUAGAUUAUACUUCCAGGAUCGUUUAGAGAAAAACAACCCCUACACAUAAGCACAAACACCCACCCACACGAUUAGAUCAGUUCGCAGUUUAUUUUCGCCUCCCACAGUAGCAAGUUCGCACCAUUCGAAAGUUACCAAGAGAGAAUUUGAGUUCUUGCACAAAUAAACCGGCAGCAACUCAGAACCGAACCGCACAAACCAACAUAGGGAACCGAACCGACUGCAAUAAAACAACUUGAGCUGAAUUUACGAUACAACAACCCAACCACAGCGCCAGUGCCAGUCAGUGUCGGUGGUGAUACACGCCGCCAUGUAGCUUCUCCCAAAAAGUAGUAGGUAUACCUAUUUUAUGUACGUUUUUGGCAUCAUCAAACACUCGCAAACCGGAACGCGGGACAAAUCGUUCCGGGCUCGAAUAGACACCGCACCACCUUCCGAACGCUAGAGAGCUACCGACACUAUCAUCGUCACCAUCAUCAGCACCAUCCAGAUGGGAGCAAGUGUUUAGAUAUGCAGUAGCAAUUUUCAACUAUUUUGAAGGGGAUGAAGGGAGUAGGAUAGUACACAAACUGUUGUUGCUUAAAAAACUGUUUACAAGCUCUGCUGGCUAGCAUUCGAAGGCAACAACUUUCUGACCUUAAUUGAUGGUAAUGCAGUAAAAUAUUAUUAUCCUGAACCACUACACAGUGGUCCAGGAAAUGAAAUUACAAGGAGCAAAACAUGUCAUCCUUUCUUCCAACGUUACGUCCCAACUGGGACAGAUCCUGUUUCUCAAUGUAUUAUAUGGGCACUACCACAGCUAGUAACUGAAAGCUUUCUUCACCAAUGCCCAGUUUGCGUUUGUAUGUCGUGAUAAUUCUUUAACUGACUUAGUUGGAUGAAGCUUUAAUAGUAACCUGGCAAUCUGAACUUUGCCCAAUACGUGUUGCUGAAGUGCUGAUUGCACUCUGCACACAAAAGGAAAGAUUUUGGCCUGGAAAACGGUGCUGUGUCUACCAAGUGAGUAAGAAUAAUGUAGCAUUAGCUCACGAGAGUGUACACCAGCACCAGCUCGACCUUCGAGAAGGGAGCCUUCAGUGUAACAUACGAUGCCGUCUGAAAUACUUCUCUUUAGAUAACCAGAUGUCCACCCUUCCCAAGAAGGGAAUUCCGCGGAAAAUGUCCUAUAUUGAAAAUAAUAUUCAAUUGUAAGAUUACUUGGAGUAAGGACCACUUUGCCCCAAAUUCACCAAUAUUGGAAACAACUAGGUGUGUGUUUAUCUGCGGUUCGCAGGAUUUUCCUCAAGGGCAUGUCU